AUGAGAGACACGCGCCUGGAGAGUUGUACCACGCCCAUUUGGCGGCGGAUGCGGAAGCGGGGAGCACCUCAAGGAACGUGGGAGCACCCAGAAACGGAGAACUAUCAGGAAGCCGUAGGGGGAGAAAAGAGAGACCUCUGGCGGAAGUCCAUGAUGGACGACAAGAUGCGUUCCCUGUUGGACACUGGGACGUGGAAGAUUGUCGAAAAACCGGAAAGGGUCAAGCCGCAGCCGCAAGGAUACGAGCAAGGUGGGCCGGAGAUGGUAUGCCGCCUCAAGCGCACCUUGUACGGGUUGCGCCAGUCGCUACGUGCGUGGCACAUGCGCCUAAAGGAGGAGCUCAAGAACUUCGAGUUCGUGGCGUCCAUGGCGGACGCAGCACUUUUCACCAGGAUCGUAGCCGGGAAGCCGGUCCACCUUGUGGUGUGGGUGGACGACAUCCUUGUGGCGGCCUGUGGAGCGGAGCGCAUUGCGAAGAUGAAGAAGCAAUGGCGAAGAAAUUUGACGUGCGCGAUUUGGACAAGGCAACGUGCUUCUUCAGAAUGGAGCUGA